AUGGCUGUCGACAUUGGUGAUGAUCGUUUCGGUUUACGCCUUCCUAAUCCUCCUCCACUUCUACACACAAGAUCCGGCAAUGAAUCCUUCGAUCGCCCCUCAACCCCAUCCGCCAAUGGCUUCACCAGUCCCCAACAGACCCCUCAGGGAAGCCCAAGCAAGUCGCGGGCACCACCAGGCGCGUUGGAUUUACCCAAUGUCUUCGAUACAGCCAUGAAGCUCACACCGACUUCACCGUCAAAAUCUACAUACAACCAUUUCAAUCAUCCCAUGUUUACCGCCGAUAAAAGUAGUGUCGAGGACUUUAAUGAGAGCGUGAUUCAUCAGCGCCCGACCAGCCCGACGCGCAAGUCCAACAAAGAAAACACUCCCCCAACUACGCGGGCACCCAAGGAUCUGGGUCCCAACCCGACCGCGGCAGCAAUAUCGCGUCAUGAACCUUAUCAACAACAGCGCGAUGCGGAUACAACCAAGCGCCACGUACAGAUGCGCGGACUGACACCGGAGGAAAUGGAGAAACUUCAACAACCCCGGGUAAAGCGUCUAACCAACGUAACUCAACUUUACUUCCUUGACCAUUACUUCGAUCUCCUCAGCUACGUGCACAAUCGCCAAACUCGACACUCACAAUUUAAAGCCGCAUACCCUGAACCCCCUGUUACACCUGCCGAAGCAUACGAGCCCGCUUUACUGAAAUAUCUCGGUCGUGAACGAGCACACCUUCGAAAGCGUCGCACACGACUCCGCCAACAUGAUUUCCAAAUCCUGACGCAGGUCGGCCAGGGUGGAUAUGGACAGGUCUAUCUAGCCCAAAAGAAAGAUACACGCGAAGUCUGCGCAUUGAAAGUAAUGAGCAAGCGACUUUUGUUCAAACUUGACGAAAUCCGACACAUUCUCACCGAGCGCGACAUUCUGACCGCCGCCAAGAGCGAAUGGCUCGUCAAGCUCUUGUAUGCGUUCCAAGACGACGACCAGAUCUAUUUGGCUAUGGAAUACGUACCUGGUGGAGAUUUCCGAACACUUCUGAAUAACACCGGAGUGUUACACAAUCGACACGCGCGAUUUUACAUCGCAGAAAUGUUUAGUUGUAUCGACGCGUUGCAUAUUCUGGGCUACAUCCAUCGUGACCUGAAGCCGGAAAACUUCCUCAUCGAUUCAACUGGUCAUGUUAAACUUACCGACUUUGGUCUCGCGGCUGGUAUGCUGAGUCCGGGUAAAAUUGAAUCUAUGCGCGUGAAACUAGAAGAAGUAGGCAAUACACCCGUUCCAUUUGGUCGGCCCAUGGAACAACGCACAAUGGCCGAACGACGACAAGGCUACAAAUCGCUCCGUGAGCGAGAAGUCAAUUACGCCAAGUCCAUCGUUGGAUCCCCCGAUUAUAUGGCGCCAGAGGUGUUGAAGGGUGACGAAUACGACUUCACGGUUGAUUACUGGAGUCUGGGAUGUAUGCUUUUCGAGGCAUUAGCUGGAUACCCACCUUUCGCUGGUGCGACCGUUGAUGAGACAUGGCAGAACCUUAAGCGUUGGCAGAAGGUGCUGCGUAAGCCUGUUUAUGAGGACCCGAACUACUUCCUUUCGCGACGGACUUGGGAUCUUAUUACUAGAUUGGUUGCGGGCAAGGAGCAGAGGUUUAAGAAUAUUCAGGAGAUUCAUGCGCAUGAUUACUUUGCUGAGGUUGACUUUGACCAUUUGCGUGAUCAGCGUGCGCCAUUUGUGCCGGAGUUGGAUUCUGAGACCGAUGCUGGGUACUUUGAUGAUUUCAGCAAUGAGGCGGACAUGGCCAAGUAUAAGGAGGUUCAUGAUAAGCAGCGCGCGCUGGAGGAUAUGGCGGAUCGCGAUGAUAAGAUGAACAAGGGUCUAUUUGUUGGGUUUACCUUCCGUCACCGCAAACCAGCUGUUGACAGCUCAGGCCGCAACUCCCCCCGCAAACCGAUCGCAACAGACGGCAGCUUCGGGACAAUGUUUUGA